AUGGUGGGGUCCACAAAAUGCCUAACCCCAUGUCUUACGGCGACUUGUUAAAAAUAAAAAAUAAAAAAAAUAAAAUAAUUAAAUAAAAAAUAAAAAAUGUUUGACGGACUGAAGGGCAGCUUAGCAUUUCUUCUCAUCUCCUGAGCUCAUGGCCACUGCUUACUGGGCCCACAGCCAUUAGACAUCGGACGCCAUUUCCAAGUCUAAUCAGUCAGCUUUGUAUUUUGUCUUUCUUUCAGCUUUCACACAUCUCUAUCUCUAUAUCCUUGGACUAAUGCCUUAUCUCGGCGAAUCUCCCCAGCUUCCGCCGGAAUAUUCCUCCGAUACCACCGGCCGAGACCCGAUUCCCUCCAUGGACCCGCGGAUCCCGCUCCAGAACCUCUCUGAGGUUCGGGCCAGUAUGGAUUCCCUCCACGGCUUCCUAUCCAACUCAGUCAACCUCAACGCUCAGCUCAGCAAGGACCAGAUGGACAUGGUCUCCUCCGAGAUCGCCUCCGCCAUCCAGCAGAUCGUCGCCAGCGGUACGGCUCUCAUCGCCUCCUAUCGGGUACCCGAUCCACCGGAUCGGAUUCCGAUUCCGUGUGUGAAAAUCGAGGAGGAGGAAGAGGAAACUGUGGUUACGAAGAAGGACGAAGAAGAAGAAGAAGAAGUAGGAGACGCCGCCGGAGACUUAGAGAUCGUGGAGCUUGACUCCGUCGAGCUGCUGGCCGAGCACAUCCACUUCUGCGAGAUAUGCGGGAAAGGGUUCAAGCGCGACGCGAACCUAAGGAUGCACAUGCGGGCCCACGGGAACCGGUUCAAGACCCGGGAGGCUCUGACGAAGCCGCCAGAGAAGAUCGGGUCGGAUCCGAGCUCGAGGAUCCGAUUCUCGUGUCCGUAUGUGGGCUGCAACAGAAACAAAGGGCACAAGAAAUUCAGGGCGUUGAAAUCGGUGGUGUGCGUGAAGAACCACUUCAAGAGGAGUCACUGCCCCAAGAUGUACUCGUGCAAUCGAUGCAACAAGAAGAGCUUCUCGGUUCUGGCGGACCUCAAGAGUCACCUCAAGCACUGCGGCGAAACCAAAUGGCGGUGCACGUGCGGCACCACCUUCUCGCGGAAGGAUAAGCUCUUCGGUCACAUGUCUCUGUUCGAGGGUCACGUGCCGGCCGUCGUCGAUGAGGAUGAGAAGGGUAAGUCCGCCGUGACCGCCAUGGAAGAGGAUGAGAAUGAGGUAAUGGCGGUCAAAGGUGGGGAAUUGAGUGCGAAUUUGGAGGACGACGAGGAGUUCUUUGAAGGGUUCGAUUCCAUUGACGGAUUUUGUUUAGAGAAUGCGUUUUGGUCGCCAUAGUGGAUUGAAUUUUCUCUCACAUUUCAAGUCUUUUUAUUUUUAUUUUUUUAUUUUAUUUUUUUGUAGGUUCAGGUUAUAUGUCUCUGUUAUCUGGUAUUGUCUUUUUCUCUUAGAUUUGUAUUGUGCAUAUAUAUCAAUAUUUUUGUGACAAAAAAAGGAAAAAAAAUUCAAAUCAUGUUUCUUUUAGAGAAUUUGAUUUAAACUUCUUUUUUUUUUUUUUUUUUUAGGUUAUUAUUAUGAUUCUUGAUUAUUCUCUUUUCGUCAUUUUGGGUAAUAAUUAUGUUGUUGCUUUGUGAUUCAAUAAAAUACUUUGUCAGGGUUUUGAUU